AUGGAGCCUACACCUUCUUCUACUCAAGAGGAUACGCUUGCUGGUGAUUUAAACUAUAGUUCAAGUUCAAACCAUUAUGUGUCAUUUUCAACUCCUCCUCGCCAUUCCGUUCGUUGCCCUACAUUAACUUCCUUUCUUAAUCAGCUCAAUUUAUCGCAAUAUCAAGGUCUAUUCGUUGAUGCCGGAGUCGGAGAGAAUGACAUUGAACAGUUACUUGGAUUUGACGAAGCGGAACUCAAAGAAGUUAUGUCUGCAAUAUCUAUGAAGCCUUUUCAUUCUGCUGCGUUUAAAAAAGGUAUUAGAGAACUACGACAAAACUUUUCAUCAAAUACUCCAAUUUCAAUGACAGUCAAUACUUCUGCAGCUUCAAAAGAUGUAAUUAUACAUCAUGCGACUAUUUACGGAAAGAAUAGUCCAAGACAAUUGACUUCAUAUGAACAAGCCAUCAAUAGCGCAGCUAUUGAGUUAGCUCUUCAAGAUCCAACUUUAGUAGCUAACAAAGGAGCUUUAUUUGACAAGGCUAAAGCCAAACUGUUACUCGGAGGCUAUAGUUACAAACGUGGUGCGUCACGUUCAAAAUUAAAUCCGAAUGCCCCUAAACCGGGCUCGAGAGCAUCACGUGCAACUCUUCGUGCCAAGAGAAAUGCACACGCUGCUCAAAAUAGCGAAAACAGAAAUGCGAGAAUUGCAGAAUUAGAACGUAAAUUAAAAGUUAAAGAGACACAGUAUGAACUAGCUAUAGAACUUGUGAGAGUUAAAUCAACACAUAAUGAUUCUGAAGCUUUAGAAAAAGCACAAGUAUCAUUAGAAGAACUUGAAAAAGAGAGAAUUGAAAUUAAUAAAGAGCUGACUACUUUGAAAAGUAAAGAACGUAAGCAUCGAUGGUAUGAGCAAAAGAAAAAGGAAAGAAUGGAUUCUGGAUUUGACGAAGUUGAUGAAUCUUCAAAUAAUAAUAAUGGACAGCGGGAACCAGAACACGAGGAUUCUAUAAUAGAAGAUGUAGAAGAAUAA